GCGAGCAACUUGCAACCCGAAACCGUAGUGGGGGAAUGGCGGGCGCGCGACCGGCAGACAGGAAGCUGAGAGCUUCUUGCGGCGAGUGCGCAGCUUCGGGAAUUUGCACGAGCGCUCGCGAGCUUCGCGGGCCUGAGGCGACUAGCUAGGCAAAUGCAUAUGCAUGUGCUGUAUUGUGCUGAUAACAUUAUAAGCGCCAGAGCGCAAGGGAACGCUUCAAAUCACCAGACCAGCUUCAGUCCAAUCAACCGUCCUUUCAUGAAGUCUUCUAUCAGCGCACUAAAAUGUCUGUGGCAAACACUUUUACAAUAGCUUCAACCUUACCUACCUCCUGCGACUAAAUAGCGAGCAAAUAAGUCCUUCGCACUGGUGGCUAUGGCGCAAGCAACUUCGCACGGUCGCGGCGUGCCCGCGAGUGAUAGCCGUAAUAUACCACCCAUCUCGUCUAGUGAUGAUCAAAGCGUGGAGGCGCUGGUGACUGCGUACUGCCUGACGCUCAGCGUUCGCUUAGGGUUUGGUACCUUCGUGCCCCAGAAGGGCAAGUCCAAAAGCGGCGGCGUCGGCGAUUUCGCUGACCCUGCGACCUGGCACCCAUCCACCGCCUUUGUCGCGGCCUCCUCGCUCUCCUCCGCUCUCCUAGACGUGGCCAGUCGCUCACCGGGCGGCGAGUCCCUCAGCGAGCAGCUGCGCCUGGCCGCCGCCGCCCGGCAGCUGCAUGGUCUGGUCUUCCAGCCCUACCACACCUGGCUCAAGGCCGUACAACUGACACGCUCCGGACCAGCCUGCACCGUCACCGGACCCGCUGGCAGCCCCAACCACCACCAGCAACACCAGCAGCAGCCACCCAGCCCACAAGAUGCCGGCGCCAGGGCGGCUGCUGCUGACGCUGACGCCGCGAGCGCGCCCAGCGGUGGCGGCGGCGGCGAGGUGCCCGGAUGGGUUACGCUGGCGGGCGGAGGUGGCGGCGGCGGCGGCGGAGAGGCACGGCUGCCUCUGAGCGCUGAGACACUCCACCGUGACCUCGGCGACCUGGCAAUGUACUGGAUGAUCAACUGUGACGGCGCCAACCUGCGGCACACGCCCGAGGUGCUGUGGUUCCUGUUCCACACCGCACAGAUGAGCGUCGAGGCGGCGCAGGUUCUGGCCUGCCCCGACCCCGCCGCCUACCAAGCUGCCAUCGCCCGCCGGGCCACAGAGCUGCAGCUGCAGCAGCUACUGCCGUCAGGCAAGGGCAAGAACACCACCUCCUCCUCCACCUCCUCCACCUCCGCCUCCUCGCCGGCCCCCACCCACGGCGGCCCCCUCCUGCGUGAGGCGGUGCGGCUCCACGCGGACUACCGCGCCAAGGAGUGGGACGUGGCAGCCGCCUUUGCCGCCGAGCAAGAGCGCGACGCCGCGGCGGCGGCGGAGCGCGCGGCGGCGGAGGCGGCGGAGGCCGCGGCGGCGGCCGUCGCGGCCGUGACGAACAUGCCUCGGAACCGGAUGCCGGCGCCGCCGCGGCCGCCGCUGCCGCCGGCGCCCGCGCCGCUGCCGCCCGCGCCGCUGCCGUUGCCGGAGUACCAACCCGCCGCGGCGCCCGGCGGCAACACCACAAGCAGCAGCAACACCGCUACUGCUGCUACUGCUGCCGCUGCUGCCGCUGCCGGCGCUGUGGAGAUGCAGCAGCAGCAGGGAGCAGCAGCUCGUGGACACGGCGUGCUGGGGAGUGGCGCGCAGGUCGGCGGCGGCGGCGAGGAUGUGUAUGAGGACGCCCACGAUGACGGCGGCGGCGGCGGCGGCGGCGGCGGCGGUGGCGGCGGCGGCGAGGACGAGUCCGCCAGUGCCGCGACGGUGCAGUACCCGACUGACACGACUGACACGGCUGCGUCGGCCGCAGGUGCGGCUGCCGCCGGUGCUGGUGCUGGGGGUGGUAGCACCGUUCGCAUCCCCGCCACCAGCACCGGCGGCGCCGCCAGGGGCCGUGUCGGCCUUCAUUCCGUCAUCCAGGCUGCCUCCGCCGCCGCAAAAGCUGGCGGCGGCGACGCCGCCGCGCAGACUGCGCUGCAGCCGCCGGCUGUCAGCGGCCAGCCUAGCUCGAGCGAGAUCUCGGAUUCCGAUGUAGACGUGGGUGGCAUCGGCGGCAUCAGUGGCGGCGUCAGUGGCGGCAUCGGCGGCGGCCUGAAUGCUGAGAGGAGCAGUGCCGGUACGGCUCUGACCAUGCGUGUCAGCGGCGCAGGAUCGUCGUACGCUCCCGGCGGCGGCGGCGGCGAGAGUAACCGCGGCAGUUGGAACGGCGGCGAUGGCGGCGACCCUGGCGGCGGCGGCGGCGGCGGCGGCGUGCCAGUGGCUCUGAUGCGCGCCCUCGGCGACGCCUUCGCCGCCUUUGAGGGUUUCCUCGUGUCGCUUCUGCCGGCCGUGGCGGCGGCUGCCGGCGGUGGCGGCGGCGGCGGCAUUGGCGGCGGCGCCGGUGCCGCCAGGCAGCGGGCUGUGGCGGCGUUCCGCAGCAGUGUGCGCAAAUCGCUGGGUGACUACGGCCCGGAUGGCAAGGGCUACGGUUGUGCCUUCGUGUCCAAGACCGUGCAGCCGCUCUUUGUGUUUCUGGUGGAGCAGGUGUACGUGCUCGGAAAGAAGGAGGGCGCGGAGGCGGCGGUGCGUGUUGCCUACGACGACGUCACAGAGAGCAUGGCGCACCCGGAGGUGGUGGCGUCGGUGCUGGCCCUGCUGCACCGCGGCGCGGGCGCGCGUGUGGCCGCAAUCAAACAGCUCAAGGACGGAGCGCGCGCCGCAGCGGGCGCCGGCGGCCUCAGCGGCGGCGGCGCUACUGCCGGUGCUGGCGGCGGUGCUACUGCCGGUGGUGCUGGCGGCGGCGCUGUUGCUGCUGCCGGCGGCGGGUUUGACAUGCUGGAUGUGGAGUUGGGGGACGCGGCGCGCAAGGGGGUUGCCACGGAGGCGGACCUUUGGCUGCAGCUGCAGUACCUGGCCACGUCAGGCCUGACGGACUCCCCCGGCCCGCGUGUGCCGCUCAUCGGCGCCGCCUUAAACUACCGCGAUGACGUCCGCAACCUCACGCGUCCCCUGGAGGAGCAGGCGCGUGGUGCAGGCGACGACGAAGACGAUGAGCAGGAGGGGGCGGGCUACGGCGGGAAGGGCUGGCAGGCGGCGCCGGUGGUGACGGCCAAGCCGGUGGGCGUGGGCGUUGGCGGCAGUCCGGCGCGAGCGGGCGCGGUGGCGAUGGUGGCGGGCGCGGGCGGAGACGACGCAGCGGCGCGGGCGAAGGAGGCUGCGGCCAAGGCACGUGACAAGGUGCUGAAGGACAUGCGGCGCCGGCGCGAGGCGAGCAGCACCUCUGAGCGGCUGGACUCGCUCAAGGCGCUGCUGCGUGAGUCGGACCGCGGCGCGGGGUGGUGGGCGGCAGUGGCCAUGCGCAAGACCUUCCAGGAGCAUCGCAGUGUGGCCAUGCCCCUCAUCGCCUUUGGUCGUGUGUACCUGGCCCAGCUGGCCUGGUUCUACGCACUGGCGGCCUGGUCCUGGGGUGGCGGCCGCGCGGGUCGCUGGGCCGCCUCCACCUCCGCCCUGCACUGGUUCGGCACCUGCACCCUGUGGAGCCUGCAGUCCCUCAUGUCAGUGAGUGUGGCCGUACGCAAGCGCGAGGGCGGCCUGUCUCGCCAGGACCGCGCCGCCGCCCGCGCCGCCGCCGCCGCCGCUGACGUCGAGGCCGCCUCCGCCGCCGCCCUGGCGGCGGCCGCCGCCGCCGGCUCCUCCGGACCGCUCAUCACCAUGCCGUACUUCCACUCCCUGCCGUACCGCAAUGCGGAGCGCAGCUUCCCGCGUCGCGGCCCCAGCUUUGAGGGGGCCUGGUUUUGGUGGGCGGAGCAGGGCGCGGUGCUGGCGGCGGCGUGGGUGGCGGGCGCGGUGGUGACGGCGGUGGUGUUCACACGGAACAACAACGCGGUGUACCAGGGCACGGCGGCGGCGUAUGCUGGUCUGGUGGUGAUCUACGAGGUGGUCUGGAGGCAGGGCAACACGGGCGGUUGGGCUCGUGGCCACUUCUUCGAGCGGCUGCAGGGCCUGCUGCCCGGCCGUCCCGGCGCCGCUUGGGCCGCCUCCGCCUCCAACCCCAUCUACAGCCCCGCCGCCCACCUGCGCACCGGCCUGCUCUACCUGCUCGGCAACGGACUGUUGUGGACGGCGGCGCUGGGGCUCAAGUUCGUGUUCGACUACUUUGUGCUCGUGCGGCCGGCGCAGUCGCGCAUGGUAGCCAUCUGGGGCACGAACGCGCUGGCCAUCAAGGUGUCGGACGCGCCGCCUGCCGGCGCCACCCGCAUUGCCGUGGACCUGGACCCGCUCAUGGCGGCAAUGCAGGCCAUCCUGCUGUUCCUACUGAGCCUGGUGUCCACGGGGGUAGCCUACUCGUUGUCGGCAGCGGUGUGGGGCGCCGUGCAGGGCAUCAAGCAGGGCGUGGGAUCCAUCCGCAACUGGAGCCACGUCCGUGCCGGCUUCCACCGCAUCCAGUCCGAGCUGCAGGGCAAGCUGCUCACACCGGACGGGCUGGGCAUCCCCGCGAUCGCCCUACCCGCAGCCCCGCAGCUGCUGGUGCCAGCCCUCCCCACCAGCACCCCCGCCACCGACACCCCCACCCCCACCCCCAUCCCCACCCCUUCCCCCGGCCCGGCGCCCGCCCCCGAGUCCACCUCCGCCUCCCCUACGCCUACCCCCGAGCCCACCACCGCCUCGCUCAACCCCGCCCCCGGCACCACCACGCCUCGCCCCACGCUGCCACCGAUGCUGCCGGCCUUGGCCGCGGCCUCCCCGGCAAACAGCCGCCGCCACAAGCUGCCGCCGCCCAUCACGCAGCUCCCUCAUCACGCCGGCGCCGCCAUCAAGGGCGUUGUGGAGGAGGCGGGCCUGGUGGCGGCCAAGGGCGCGUCCUUCGAGCUUUGGAAGCUUCGCGAGGCCACCCUGCUGACCACGGCGCCCGUGUGGAACGCGCUGGUGCGCUCUCUGAGGCAGCGGGACCUGCUUUCUGACGCCGAGGCUCGCAACAUGUCGUUCCGGGCGGUUGACUCGCUGUCGCCCAGCCGCAUGCUGGACCUGGUGCCGGCGGCCGUGGAGGUCACGGAUCCGGAGUCUGAGUUCGCGGACGGCAGCGGCGCGCUGCACCACGGCAGCGUUCGGCUCGGCUCCACCACCGCUGGCAGUGGCGGCGGCGGUGGCGGCGGCACGGUGCGCUGGACGCGUCUGUCCAACACGGUCACGGCCGCCAACGCGCUGACGACGCUGGGCGGCGGCGGCGGCGGCGGCGGCACCUUCAGCGGGCUCAUGUCGCUGGGCGCUCUGGGCACACUGGGCAGCCGCCGGCAAGCAGGCCAGCUAGAGUCGCUCAAGGCCGUGGCACGCGGCGAGAACACAUUCCUGCCGCCCCUCGCCGUCUACGUGGCCCAAAUCCCGCAGAUGCUCUCCUCCUGGAAGCCCACCGCCGAGCAGCUGGAGGUGCUGCUGGAGGCGUACGUGUACUGGUUGGCGCUGCUGGUGGGAGCUGGAGCGCUGCGCUUCCCCGGCACCUCCUCCGACCUGGCCCGCCUGGCGAGGGAGAGGGAGGAGCUGGCGGCGGCGGUGGCGGCGCGAGCCGACAGGCGCGCCGAGCGCGUGCGCAAGGAGGGCGGCGUGGGCGGCGCCGCGGCGCCGCUGGUGGAGACGCGGCGCGAGGCGGCGGCACGCGAGCGCGAGCGCGCAGCUCGGCUGCGGCAGCAGGGCGCGGCGCAGCGGCACGAGCUCACCCUCACACAGCCUGCGCCGCAGCAGGACGGUUCGGUGGCUGUGACCCUGCCCGUGCCGGUGGCGGCGGUGCCUGCGGAGUGGGUGGGCGUGGUGCCUGCUGAGGAUCUGGAGUUCGAGCUGUUCAGUCAGCAGGGGGGUAUGGGCGGCGGCACCGCCUCCAGUCCGGCGGCGCAGGCGGCGCGGCGCGGCAUGCUGGCCGAGGUGCACAAGCUGGUGAAGAAGAUCAAGGAGACAAUGGAGCUGUACACGAGCACGGAGAAGAAAGUGGCGGCCGCGCGCAAGGCAGCCGAGGACGCCGUCACCGCCAUUGAGCGAGCCCGGCAGGCGGCGUUCCUGGCGGGCCGCCAGGCGGCGGCGGCGCCGUCGGCGCCCGCCGCCGGCGCGGCGCUGGCGGCGGACGCGGCUGUGGCGGAUCGCGUGGCGGCGGCGGAGGCGGCGCGGGCGGCGGCGGCCGCUGCCGAGGCGGAGGUGGAGGCGGCGCGGGACAAGGCGGUGGAGGGGCUGGGCGCGGCACUGCACUGCACUGCCCUGGCCGCGACCAAGAUGCGGGACCUGCCCCCCAGUGUGGCGGCCCUGGCCUACAACAUCGUUACCAUGCGCCAUUACCUGCAAGACCACACGCUGGAGGUGAUGCACCGCAGCCUGGCGGCGGUGGCGGCGCGCAGCCGAAACGACCAACAGCAGCAGCAGGACAAGAAGGAGAAGAAGGACAAGACGGAGAAGGAGAAGGGGCAGGAGGAGCAGGGCGAGGCGGCGGCGCCGGUGCCUUUCCGGGAGGACUUCAUUGAGGUGGCGGGUUGGCUGUGCGGCAUCCUGUCCUCCAGCGAUGAGGGCACGGCGCCGCGCAAUGAGGAGGCGGUGUCGCUGCUGGCCGAGUUCUGCAGCGGCCUCAACUGCCCUAACAUGCCGGCGCCGCCGCCCGUGGCCGCCAUGCGCUCCGUCACCACCCUCAUCCCACACUACCACGAGACGGUCAUCUACGCGCUGAGCUCGGCGGACGCGGGCCGUGUGUUGGGUCCCGGCCUUCAGGGCGCUCUGGGCUCAGACGAGGUGUUGUUCGUCAAUGACUCCCUGACCGACCCCAAGCCCAGCCAGCUCCUGACCUACCUGCUGUCCGAGUUCCCCGACGAGUUCACCAACCUGCUGCAGCGCUGCGACAGCGCCGCCGUACGGCCGCGGCCGGAGGCGGAGAAGGGGCAGCCGUACGACCUGUACGACUUCCUGCCCGGGGGUCGGCUGUACGAGCACCGCGCACAGCUGCUGCUGUGGGCGUCCUUCCGCUGCCAGACGCUGUCGCGCACUGUGGACGGCAUGAGCAUGUACCGCACAGCUCUGGCGCUGCAGGCCGCCCUCGACUCUCUGGAGCUGCACGCAGCCCUGCAGCAGCAGCAGCAGCAGCUACAGCUGCUACAGCCGCUGCAGGGCGAGCAGGGUGGGGCUGCUACAGCCGCGGGUGUGGCAGCGGCGGGCGCUGCCGCUGCUGCUGCGCCCAGCCCGAAUGCGCUGGUGCUGAGUAAGGAGCAGGCGACGGCGGUCCGCGCGGCACUGCGGGACCCCAAGCACGAGGUGGUUGAGGACCUGGUGGAGGCGCUGCUGACGUCACUGCCGGGGCUGCAACCGCUGCUGGACAAGAAGUACGGCACACUGGUGGCCAGCCAGGUGUACGCCUCUCUGGCCUCCUCGCGCUCGCUCAAGGACCGCUGGGUGGCCCACGGCGUGUCGCUGUUGGCCACUCGCUACCCCAGCCUGAGGGUGGCGUACCUGGAGCCUGUAGAGACUGUGACGCUGAUCAGCGAGCCCGACUACGCCUUCAAGCUGGCCUGGCAUGACUCGGCCGUGUUCAGGGCUGUGCCGUUGGAGGAGGCCGCUCGGCGCAGCGGCACGCCGCGUGCCCAGCUGCACCGCGAGCGGCGGCAGCUGUGGGACCUGCGUGCAGCGGAGCUGGAGACGCUGUUCAGGCUGCGUCAGCCGCUCAACGUGUGCGGCGACGGCGGCGGCCCCAUCCUGGGCGAGGGCAAGCCCGAGAACCAGAACGCUGCCGCGCCCUACUGCACCGGACUGCUGCAGCAGGCCAUUGACAUGAACCAGGACAACACACUGGCGCAGUCGCUCAAGCUGCGCAACGUGACGCGCGAGUUCGAGUCGCUGCACAGCCCCGGCGGCGCCCGGCACGGACCGUGCCAAACCCUGGCGCUGUCGGGCCCCCUGGACCCCACCCCCCAGCACGUGGCCAUCGUGGGCUACCCCGAGUGGAUCUUCUCCUACCGCUGCGGACUGCUGGCUGACCUGGCCGCGGCCACGGAGCGCACCUUUGGCACCCAGAUCCAACGUGUCAUGGGCUUCCCCAGCGCGGCCCGCGCGCACUACGGCCACCCUGACUUGUGGAACCGACUGUUCAGCAUGACGCGCGGCGGCGUCAGCAAGCCCAACGCAGGCCAGCACGUGUCGGAGGAUGUGUUUGGCGGCUACAACGCGCUCAAGCGGGGCGGGCUGUCCAAGUACGUCAGCUACAUCAGUGUGGGCAAGGGCCGAGACAUGGGGCUGGACUCCAUCCUGGGCUUCGAGGGCAAGAUCUCCAAGGGCUGCGGCGAGCAGCUAAUGAGCCGCGACGUGCGCUUCGUCGGCGCCCACACAGACUUCUUCCGCUCGGCCUCGCUCUACAACACGGGCCCGGGCCACUUCAUCAACACCUGGGUCACCGUCUACACCAUCCGGGCCGGGCUGUGGGUGAUGCUGCUGCUGCUGCUGGGCGGCGUGGCGGAGGGCAGUGGCGACAUCGCCGCCGCCAUCGGCGCAGUGCAGAUCUUGCAGCUGGGCACGUUGCCUCUGCUGUCGUUUGUGUUCAACAUGUGGAUGGAGAACGGCCUCGCCUACGCCCUGCGCACACUGCUGCGGCAGCUCAUCGCAGGAGGGCUGCUGUUCCACAUCUUCAGGUCUGUGACCUCCGCCUUCCACCUGGCCCGCGCCACGCUGUUCGGCGGUGCUGCCUACAUCGCCACCGGCCGUGGCUUCAGCCUGCAGCGCAAGACCCUGACGCAGGUGUUCAUCAACUAUGGCCGCAGCCACAUGUACCUGGGUCUGGACGUGUUGUGCAUGAGCAUCCUCAUCCUGGUGGCGGGCAACAACGGCGGGCGCUCCCAGCCCAUUCCCGUGGUGUCGCUGUGGAGUUCCUUCCUGGUGGCCACGGCGCUGCUGGCGGGGCCCUUCUGGUUCACGCCCUUCUACUUCCGCCUGAGUCUGGUGCUCCAAGACACGCGCGAGUUCCUGGCCUGGCUAGCCGGCAGCAGCGCGCGCGGCGUGAGCGCCAGCUGGAGCGAGUGGCACCGCGGCGAGUUGGCGGCGCUGAGGGACGACGACGGAAAGCAGGUUCCUUUGUACCGCUUCUGGAGCACCUCCACGCUGCUGCUGCCGCGCGCCGUGACCUGCACCCUGUCGGUCAUGGUGGCGGUCACGUCCGCCAAGUUCGAGACGCAGGGCGUUCCCGACCUGGCCUGGGUGUUUGCGGGCAGUGCGGCCACCUGGCUGGCUCUGGCGGCCUGGUCUGUCAGCAAGAGGGGCUACGUGGCCUCGGGCCUCAAGCCGGGCUGGCGCUGGGUCAAGGGCAGCGUGCAGGUCCUCAUCCUGCUGGCUGUGUGUUUCGUGCUGGUGUUCACGCUCUUCAUCGAGAAGCGCGGGCUCAGGUUCUCGUCUGUGCUCAUCGUGUUGUACGCCAACCAGCAGGCCGCCAGUCUGGUGGUGGCGGUGAUGACGCUGUGGAUGCCGAGGGUCAUGUGGGCAAGGCGCCAGACGGACACGGCCUAUCGGCAGCUGGACGGCGGGCUGGGCAUCUGCGUGGCGGGAGUGCUGCUGCUGGUGUGCUUCAUUGGAGAGAUUGGUCUGAUUAUGGUAGACAAGGUGCAGACGCUGGUCCAGUUCAACGACAGGUACUACACCAUCUGGGCCGCGGGCCAGGAGGGAGACCUCGGCGACAGCAGCGGCGGCAGCGGCUCUGUGCAGGGCCUGCUGCGGCGGCCGGCCCGCUCGGCGUCGGUCGGUGCAACUGAGGCCGACAAGGCCAAGAAGGCUUGAAGCAAUGAUGCGCAGAUCGAAGGUCGUAUAGCUGGAUGUCUGCUGGUGUUAUGUGCUGGUGUCAGGCGUUGCUUGGUCGGGUUUCAGGGCCAGGCUUUUUUCAUUGGCUUGAAAGCAGGAUGUAUGGAUGCGCGGUGUGUUUCAUCAAAGUGUUUCAGUGAGGGGCUUGUCCCGAGUGUGCUGCCGUCGAUAUGCCGCCGGUUUGACGUGUCAGGGGAGGCACAGCUUGGGCGAAGCCUUCAGCGUAAACGUCCGGGCUGAUGGGUGUGCCGGCCUUCCCACAUGGUGCAGGCUAGCCUUCUUCUGGAAACAGUUACCCGAUAUGUAGUUGUUCCCCUGCUGUACCUGCUUACGUGUUGCAACCCUGGAAUACCCCCAAAGCUGUGAUGUUGACCUUUUGACUUUUGGGUAAGCGGCGGACGGGACUUAUCAGGCGGGAGCGGAUGUGAUACAACUGUACAUAAUAAGAGCGGUUUCUGGCGCUCAUCGCAUAGUUCACAUCGCAAGGUUCAUACGUGACAUACUGUACUGCAAAGUUUGGAAGGUGGACCGAUCCGUGGACCUUUCGGCGGUGACCGACAGACGGAAUUAUCAGAUGUGGUGCGUGACAUGUACAUAGAGCCGUCGCGCUGCUUUGUGGUUCGUGCCUUCGUGGCAAACUGCAAAGUUGCAUGAAAGGUUGGAAGGUGGGGAAACUUGGAUGCGAGUACGGCAGGGUAGCUGCGGGCCCUGGCCUGAGCCACCUCGCUUUACAAGACACUUACGAACAUGCACGCGUCUACGGCAGGGUAGCUGCGGGCCCUGGCCUGAGCCACCUCGCUUUACAAGACACUUACAAACAUGCACGCGUCUACGCGUCAUGUCAUAGAUUUAACGUAUUGGAGACAU